AUGGAAGAACAUGAUAACAACCCACAUCCAGUUCAGCUCACUGCCAGCAUGGGCUUAUUCACAUCCACGAGUGGACUCAUGUUAAAAAUGGGUGGCUUGGCUCCCAUUCCAUCAUUCAUCAAGGCUUAUGCUGCUUAUCUCAAGCGUACCGGUAAGCUCGAAGUCCCCAAGUGGGUUGAUAUUGUCAAGACCGGUACUUUCAAGGAAUUAGCUCCUUAUGAUCCCGAUUGGUACUACGUCCGUGCUGCCUCUGUUGCUCGUCACAUCUACAUCCGCAAGUCCGUUGGUGUUGGUGCCUUGAACAAGGUUCACGGUGGUACCGUUAACCGUGGUUCUCGUCCCUCUCACCACGUGAACGCCUCUGGUUCCGUUAACCGUAAGGUCCUUCAAUCUUUGGAAAAGAUUGGUGUCCUUGAAAAGGAUAAGAAGGGUGGCCGUAAGAUCACUCAAGAUGGUCAAAGAGAUUUGGAUCGUAUCGCCAUGACUCUUGCUGAAGAAUCGGACGAAGAGUAAAUGCAACAGCCCCUUUGUUUGAUUUACCCGCUCCCCUUUUUUUUAUAUCUUUCUCUUUCUUACUCUCUCUUUUCUCGCUCUUUUUCUCUCUCUCUCUUUCUUUCUUUUUGAAAUAUUCCAGCCCUGUAUUAAAGGUCUUUCUUAUCUGUCUCUUUGGACAGUGUUGCAUAGGAGUGUCAUUGUGUGUCUCUGGGGAACCCAUGGUUUUGAUGUUGUUGAGAUUAGAAACAUUCAAUCAUUGUUUGACAUCAAGGCAUGAAAGGAUCCGCUUAGGGGGGGACACCUUGAGAUGAUUCAAACCAAGACAAUGCCCGCCCAUCCCUACUUUCUCCAAUGAAAGUGGAAGAGCGCCCCCCCCCUUUUUUUUUUUUCUUUUUUUCCUUGGA